AUCUUUCAUCUUUCAUCCACUCCAACUCUCACUCUUCCAUCUCUCCACACUCCUCAGUCGCUCAAGAGAGCCCCUACCUUCUACAGAGACUCCGUUAUCGUCGAUAGUCAUCAUGCAGAUCUUCGUCAAGACUCUCACUGGAAAGACCAUCACCCUCGAGGUCGAGUCCUCGGACACCAUCGACAACGUCAAGAGCAAGAUCCAGGACAAGGAGGGUAUCCCUCCUGACCAGCAGCGUCUCAUCUUCGCUGGAAAGCAGCUUGAGGACGGUCGCACGCUCUCUGACUACAACAUCCAGAAGGAGUCCACCCUGCACCUGGUGCUCCGUCUUCGUGGAGGUAUGCAGAUCUUCGUGAAGACCCUUACUGGAAAGACUAUCACCCUCGAGGUUGAGUCUUCCGACACCAUCGACAACGUCAAGAGCAAGAUCCAGGAUAAGGAGGGUAUCCCUCCCGACCAGCAACGUCUGAUCUUCGCUGGAAAGCAGCUUGAGGAUGGCCGCACACUCUCCGACUACAACAUCCAGAAGGAGUCGACCCUUCACCUCGUCCUGCGCCUCCGUGGAGGUAUGCAGAUUUUCGUCAAGACUCUGACCGGCAAGACUAUUACUCUGGAAGUCGAAUCGUCAGAUACCAUCGAUAACGUCAAGAGCAAGAUCCAAGAUAAAGAAGGCAUCCCUCCCGACCAGCAGCGUCUUAUCUUUGCUGGUAAGCAGUUGGAAGAUGGCCGCACCUUGUCCGAUUACAACAUUCAGAAGGAGUCUACUCUCCACCUUGUCCUCCGCCUGCGUGGUGGUAUGCAGAUUUUUGUUAAGACUUUGACUGGCAAGACUAUCACAUUGGAGGUUGAAUCCAGCGACACAAUUGACAACGUGAAGAGCAAGAUUCAAGACAAGGAAGGUAUCCCUCCUGACCAGCAGCGCCUGAUCUUUGCUGGUAAGCAGCUGGAGGACGGUCGUACCUUGUCCGACUACAACAUCCAGAAGGAAUCUACCCUGCACCUGGUUCUGCGACUCCGUGGUGGAAACUAGGCGGUUGAUGAUACUGUUUGCUUGUCUUCGGUUAUGAUUCGGCUAUGGAUUUGCAUGGCCUGCAUGGCGUUUGGAUGGUCUGGACGGCUUUUAUGACUCGGGAGACCUUCGCGUCCCACUUUCUCUAACAUAUACAUGGACUUUUAAACUAUUGAGACCCCGAAUGAAUAGACUUCAUUCUGCAUAACCCCUGAA